AUGGGUAAUAAUGUGCUGGUCUUGGCUCUCAUACUCGUACUUCUGGUUUUCUUGGGAAGUUACUCUUCACCUUCAGCUACUUCUUCACCUGCAACAUCACCCGUUGGUGGUAUGGCUAUAUAUAUGAGUAUAUGCGCUGAUUCCGCAGAGAUUGUUAGUGGGUUUUUCUCAAAUGCUGUCUCUGUUCUGAUGAAGUGGUUGUGGUCCCUCAAAGCUACUACCAAAACAGCCCUUUCUGGCCGUCCGAUGAUGAAGUUUGAGAGUGGGUACAUUGUUGAGACUGUUUUCGAUGGAAGUAAGCUUGGGAUUGAGCCCUACUCUGUUGAGGUGUUACCGGGUGGGGAGCUUCUGGUGUUGGACUCUGUGAACAAUAAUCUCUACAGGAUCUCUACCCCUUUGUCUCAAUUUAACAGACCAAAGCUUGUUGCUGGAUCUGCUGAAGGAUACUCAGGACAUGUAGAUGGUAAACCCAGGGGGGCCAGGAUGAACAAUCCAAAGGCACUUACUCUGGAUGACAGAGGAAACAUUUAUGUUGCAGACACUGAAAAUAUGGCAAUCAGGAAGAUAAGUGAUGCAGGGGUAACAACAAUUGCAGGAGGUAAAUGGGGUCGUCGAGGGGGGCAUUUAGAUGGACCAAGCGAAGAAGCAAAAUUUUCAAAUGAUUUUGAUGUGGUUUACAUUGGAAGCAGUUGCUCCCUUCUUGUCAUAGACAGGGGAAACCAAGCAAUCCGGGAGAUCCAACUGCAUUUCGAUGACUGUGCUUAUCAAUAUGGAAGUGGUUUCCCUCUGGGAAUUGUAGUGCUUGUAGCAGCUGGAUUCUUUGGCUACAUGCUGGCAUUGCUGCAAAGCAGGGUUGGUACGAAGGAUCAGAAAACAACAACCAUAUCCCAAAGUCCAUUUCAGAAAGCACUGGAAUCAUCAGUCAGUGCCCCGCUAAUUCCCACUGAAGAUGAACAAGAAAAGCAAGAAAGCUUCUUUGGAUCUCUUGGAAGGCUGCUCAUCAAUGCUGGAGCCUCUGUUGCGGAAAUCUUUGGAGGAAUAUUUCCAUGGUGUAGAAGGAAGCCACAGAAUUGUCAAAAUCACAGCCAACAGCCGUACCAGCCACAGCAGAAGUAUUCAAAUACUUGGCCAGUUCAAGCCAGCUUUGUAAUACCAGAUGAAGAUGAGCCCCCUUCUAUGGAACCCCAGAACCCUACUCCUCGGAAAACUUACGCUUUCAUGACCAAGGAUGCCGAAAAAAUGCAACAGCUGCGGCAAAGUCGUGCUUUCUACGGCGGAUGGGAUGGAGACCUCAGCAGCAGCAACAGUCGCUGAAGCAUCAUCAUCAUCAUCGACAUUCUUCAUCCACACCUCAAACUUACUACGAGCAAAGCUCUGAGAAAACCAAUGAGAUUGUGUUUGGAGCAGUUCAGGAGCAAGAUGGGCAGCGAGAAGCUGUAAAAAUAAAGCCUUUGGAUCAUGGGAAUCACAUUUAUGAUCGUCCUAAUAUUCGCCCUCGAAUCAAUUCUAUGGGCUACACUAAUGGCCAUUACAUAUAAAGAUUCUGGUGUUUCAAGCUUGUUGCAUCUUGAUAGCCUGCAUUCAAAAUUAGGAUAUAGCAAGUGUUAAACAUACCAUGGGAGCUGCGGUGGUUCUGUGCCAUGUAUACUUGGUGGCCAAAGCAUCCUUCUUGAAGAAAUAAAUGGGAGUCCUGUGUAAAGUUGAUGGGAUGUUCUUCUUUCCGAUGCUCUGUUAAAUUCCAAAUAAAUUUUGGCUUCCUUCUUAUGUCUUUCUAGGGCACGAAAUAAGGCGUAGUCAAAAAGACUUGUCAACAACAAUUUUGAUGUUGGCCAUAGUCAUGGUCAUGGCCAAUGACCGUAGCAUGUGCAUUGUUUUGUGCUUGUGUAUUAUCAUACAGAAGAAUCGAAUCCAAAC